AUGGGCAAGUCGAUCUCCGAAGCCAUCGGUGCCGACCACGACGAAUUCGACGUCCUCUACGAAAACCUCAAGAACGCCACCGACGACGCAGCAAAAGUCCGCUGGCGAAACCAAUUGACCUGGACAGUCGCCCGCCACGCCAUCAGCGAGGAAUUGACAUGGUAUCCCGCCAUGGAGAAGCAUUUGGGCGAAGAAGGUGUCCGUCUGUCCAAGACUGACAAGGAACAACAUCAAGGUGUCAAGGAUUACCUUUACAAGUUGCAAGAUAUGACGCCUGUGGAUCCUAAAUUCAUGCCCCUCCUUGAUACUUUGAUGGAUCUUCUUCACCACCACAUCGAACAUGAAAAGGAGGAAGAUAUGCCUCGUCUUGAAGGCUUGCUUUCCCGCGAGGAGAGUGAAGCAUUGGCCGCAAGUUUCGAGCGCACAAAGAAGAUCGUACCCACACGAAGCCACCCCGGUGCACCGACGAGCUAUUACCUGGAACUGUUGACAGGCUUGAUGGCCGCGCCUGUUGACAAGUUCAAGGACUACCUUAGCGAUUUCCCGGAUUCCAAGGACAAGGAAGAAGCGAUCAAGGCGAGAGAGAAUAAGAUGUAA